AUGAAACGGCCCUCCGCCCUGAUUCUUUUUCUUGUUUGCACUGUGGUAACAGCGCAGCUCAGAUCGCUUCCCGUCGAACGCUCCGGCCUUUACGCCCCGCGUCUCUUCCGCCAGAAACCCCUCGUGGACCCCAUCCCCGCCGGCCCAGCAGCCAUGUCGCCCUCAGACCCAUCCGACUCCCGGCUGCCACCGCCGGCUCCGGACGGUGUGAGGCUCUCCGACGUCAUGGGCCGCGACCGGAGCAUCAACAUCUUUGCCGGCUUCACACGCGAGAUCGAGUCCGCCUCCCGCCGCCUCGAUGACCAGGCGCGCAACACCACCGUGCUGGCGCCGCUCAACUCCGCCGUCGAGAAUUUGCCACGGAAGCCGUGGGAAGACCCCAAGGACUAUCAGCGACUGGGGGAGAAUGUGUACGAGGGCGAUGACGGUCGCGAAAGGGCACAAAAUAAUAUCCAGCGCUUCGUUGAGGCGCACAUGGUUGCUAUGAGCCCUUGGCCUGAGAACGAGAAGGUCAAGACUUUGGGUGACGAUAGGGAUAUUUGGUGGGAGAAUAGGAACGGGACCAAGUUUAUCCAGCCUGGCAACGUUGAGGUCAUCAGCGUCGCCAGCACGGUUGCUAACGGCGAAGUUUGGAUUAUCAAGGAAGUCCGCAACUAUGUCUAA